CUCCCCUGUCGAUUCAUCAUCAAUCUCACCUCUCUCUGGUUAAUAUCGUUGACAUCUCCGCCGCUCUCAUGGAUUCAUCCAAAGAGGUCUCACUCGAGAUCUUCCCCUACAUCAGAGUUUACAAAGACGGCACCUUCGACCGCCUCGCCGGCUUCGAGAUCGCCCCGCCCGGCCUCGACCCCGAGACCCGAGUCGAGUCCAAGGACAUCCUCAUCCUCCCUGAAACGGGCAUCUCCGCCCGAAUCUACCGCCCCUCCUCCGCCUCGGCCGCCACGAAACUCCCCCUCGUCAUCUACUUCCAUGGCGGGGCCUUCAUCAUCGCCUCCAUCGCGGACCCCAAGUAUCACGCCAGCCUCAACGCCCUUGUCGCUGAGUCCAACGUCGUCGUUGUCUCCGUCGACUACCGCCGAGUCCCUGAGCACCCCCUCCCCACGGCCUACGAGGACUCCUGGGCUGCUCUGCAAUGGAUCGCAUCCGAGGAAGCCCAGUGCGAGCCGUGGCUCAGGGACCAUGCCGACUUCGACCGGCUCUUCCUUGUCGGGGACAGCGGCGGCGCCAACAUGUCUCACCACUUGGCCAUGCGGCUCAGGGAUGACGUACUGGGCGAGCGGGUCAAGCUCUCCGGGAUUGGGAUGAUACAACCGUAUUUCUGGGGCGAGACACCGAUUGGAGCAGAGAAGGCGGACCCUGGUCGGAAGGCGUUGGUGGACAGCUGGUGGCGGUAUGUUUGCGUGUCGGGCAAAGGGUGCGACGACCCGCUGAUCAACCCCUUUGCGGACGGGGCACCGGGCGUGGACGGGAUGGCAUGCGAGAAGGUGCUGGUGAUCGUGAGCGACAAGGACAUACUGAGGGACAGAGGGAGGCUGUACUACGAGAAGCUGGUGGAGAGCAGCGGGGCGGCGGCCACGGCGGCGGAGAUCAUGGAGAUCGAAGGCGAGGAUCAUGUGUUCCACAUCUUCGACCCGAGCUGCGAGAAGGCCAAGAGGCUGUUCAAACGCGUGGCCUCGUUCGUUAACAGUGACGGCGACGCUCGCAAAGGUGCAUGAUAAAAAGAAGAGAUGUUGAAAAGUAGAGAGCGGUUUCAAAGUUUCUUUAUUACUCUUGCCUGAAGAUCGAUCGUCGACGUCACCUUGUCGGUUCUAGUGGCGAAAAAAGUUACCGUCGAUACAUUCUGGGCCACAAGAAUUGAGGGUAGCUUUUGCAAUUUCCUGAUUAUUUGUUAAUCACUCUCUAGUUAUUGGGUUUAAC